AUGGCAGCUAUACCGAUUAUUGUCAAACACGCCGGCAAGCGCCACGAAGUCGAGCUCGAUCCUACAUCCAACGGCGAAACACUCAAGUACCAACUCUUCUCCCUGACUGGUGUGGAACCUGACCGCCAAAAGGUUUUGGUCAAAGGUGGCCAGCUUAAAGAUGAUACGCCUCUUUCGUCCCUUAAUGCCAAACCCGGACAGAUGUUCAUGAUGAUGGGCACCCCGUCGGGAGGUCAAGGUUCCGUUGACCUUGGUCGGCCAAAGGAGACUGUCAAAUUCCUGGAAGACAUGACCGAGGCCGAGGUGGCACGACAGGAGGGUGCCACCCCUGCCGGUUUGCAAAACCUGGGAAACACUUGCUACCUCAACUCUUCCCUACAAACCUUGCGGAGUGUCCCGGAGCUUCAGGAGGAGCUCAUGCGGUAUCGGCCAAGUGGAGGAGCUGGGCAAUCGAAUCUAUCGGACCUCAGCAGCUUUGGUAUUGGCGGCCUUGGGGGUUCUCGGGAUUUGGCCGCUUCUCUACGAGAUCUGUUCAAGCAAAUGUCCGAGACGCAGGAGGGCAUUCCUCCACUGAUGUUCCUCAAUGCUCUCCGAGCCGUCUUCCCUCAAUUCGCCCAGCGUGACCGAAAUGGACAAGGAUACUCCCAGCAGGAUGCCGAGGAGGCUUUCUCCCAGAUCUUGAACCAGUUGCGGACCAAGUUGACCAUCACCGAGGGCGAGGGAGACUCUGCUACUACCACCUCAUUUGUAGAUAAGUAUCUCGCGGGCCAAUUCGAAUCUACCACGGAGUGUCAGGAUCCCGCCGCUAAGGAACUCGGCGAGCAACCGAGUCAAAGUUCUGAUGUUUUCUACAAACUUGACUGUCAUAUCGGAAAAGAAACGAACCACCUGCAGGAUGGAAUUUUGGCUGGACUCGAAGAGGAACUCGAGAAAAACUCUCCUCUUUUGGAGCGCAAUUGUGUGUACAAAAAGCGGUCUCGCAUCGCACGACUGCCCAAGUACCUCACAGUGCAUUUUGUCCGAUUUUACUGGAAGCGCGAGACACAGAAAAAGGCCAAGAUCAUGCGCAAAGUGACUUUCCCUGCCGAGUUGGAUGUCGUGGAGUUCUGUACCGAGGACCUCCGAAAGCAGCUCAUCCCUAUUCGUGACAAGGUUCGCGAGAUCCGCAAGGAGGAGCUGGAGGUCGAACGUUCUCAGAAACGUCAGAGAGUUGCGGAAGAGCGCGCAGAGCGUCAGAAGAAAGAGACCAACCUAGGCGAAAGCGUGGAGCCGAUGCAGAAGAAGCAGGCCACCGAGGAGAACAAGGCUAAAGUCAACGACAAGGACGGCGAUAGCCAGAUGGAGGAAACUUUCAAAACCGAUGCCGAGUACGAAGCAGAACGAACGGAAUCUAUCCGCGUUGCUAAGAAAGAGCUCCAAGAACUUAUCAACCAACGGGGUGCUGGAGACAGCGGAACCAACCAAUCUGGUCUGUAUGAGCUUCGCGCCGUGAUUACCCACCAGGGUGCUAGCGCCGACAGCGGUCACUACACGGCAUAUGUCAAAAAGCAGGAGCGGGAUGAGCCUCAGACAGGUAGCAAGCGCCGCGAGGCAGACGACAAGUGGUGGUGGUUCAACGACGACACAGUGACUGAGGUGGAGGCACAAAGAUCGAGACCCUUUCGGGUGGUGAGGAAUGGCAAUGUGACCACCAUGAUCCAUUAUCGCAGCAUACUCCAGUCGGCACUUCGCCAAUCCUCGAUACAGACACAAAGCUUUUGGCGACCAGCGGUCAGAAACGUCAGCACCGCGGCACAACCAAAUGCAUCACGAGCAACAUCGCGUUGGACGCGCCGCUUAAUCUAUGCCGGCAUCUUUGGAACACUUGGCGUCGGUGCAGGGCAAUGGCUGGACAACAAAAUUGCAGCGCCACCGGCUCCUGGGACAUUAGAGGACCAAAUGGAGCUUCAGGAACUCCAACGAGUGUUCGACAUUGGACUCCCCAUUGUGCAGGAGCUGCGCCGUAACCCCGAUUACGAGGAAAAAGACGUCUACGAAAAUUUUGCGGAUAAGCACAAAACCCAUCGACUGACAUCUGGCCCCUUGGCUGGCAGUAGGGGCUUGGGAUUACAGAAAGUUUUUUGGAACGAGAAAGAGAAGAAAAUCGUUAGCGUGGUCUUUUUAGGACCAGGCCUCGAAGGCUGGCCAACCAUGGUCCAUGGGGGCGCGCUUGGCACUGUGGUCGAUGAGAACAUGGGGCGCAUAGCCAUUCGGCACUUCCCAGCACGAACAGGGGUCACUGCCAAUCUCGAACUCAACUACCGGGCGCCAGUCUACUCGGACAAUUUCUAUACCCUGCAAACAACCCUGGAUCAGGAACGGAGCACGGAUACCAAAGCAUAUGCCAACUGUGAGGUCCGUGACAUGGCAGGCCGACUAUGUGUUGAAGCAACGGGACUUUUCGUUGUUCCCAAGACACUCAAGCUGAGCAUGAUUGGGGAAUAUUUCUGA